AUGGAACCAACAAAGCUUCCUAAGAAACUAUGGCCGAAGCUAGCCAUAGAUGUAUGUGGACCAUUUCCCACUGGAGAACAAGUAGUUGUCCUUACUGACUAUUAUUCACGCUGGCCAGAAGUCAAAAUGUUAAAAUCAGUCACGUCCAAAAACAUUCUCGACUGGUUACUAUCGGUAUUUGCAACGCACGGAUUUCCCGAUGAAAUAAAGUCCGACAACGCAUCGAUCUACUUUGUUUCUACCGAGUUCAAGGAUACAUUAACUUCUUGGGGAAUAGAACAUAAGACGGUGACGGAAUAUUGGCCGCAAGCCAAUGGGCAAGUUGAGAGAUUCAAUCAAGUUCUCGAGAAACACAUCCUAACCGCACAGGCGGAAGGAAAAGAGUGGAAACCCACCAUUCCAAUCAUGCUACUCCACUACAGCAACUCAAACAGAAACCAACCAGAGUACUACAGAGGCGGAAAUUGUUCUACGUAG